UGUCUACAGAGUGAAAAUAUAAUACAAAGUAACAAAAAAAUAAAAAAACGAAAGGCUAACAAGGUUAUAAGGUCAAAAUGGCUAAUGAAAAGGAAUUACUGGUAUUUGUAAUCAAUGUGGGUGUAACGUCAAAAGAUUCUCAAUCAAAUCCUGUUUUUUUGGAUAAAACAAAAAAGAUUGUACAACAUUUGGUGGAAAAAAAGAUAUUUUAUCGGCCGAAAGAUGAAAUUGGUUUGUUAUUAUAUGGUUCGACUACUACAUUAAAUAAAAAUAAUUUCAAAAAUAUAGAAGAAAUUCAUAAUGUCGCAGAAUGCGCUAUACAAAUGCCAAAUUGGGACUUGAUUCAGAUUGUUUCCGAUUUACAACUUACAGAUUGUGUAUCAAAUUGGAUAGAAGCUCUUUAUACUGCUAUUGAUUUAAUAAAGCGUGAAUCUGUAAAUAAAUGUAACAAAUUGAUAGUUUUAUUUUCUGAUUUUAAGGAAGUUCCUGAUGACGUUCCAUUUGACAAAAAAGAUAUAAUAUCAGAAUUAAAAAAUCAAAAAAUUAAACUAAUAGCUAUUGGUUCAAAAUUAUUGCAUAAUAUAACUGAAGAUGCCAUUACAUCCAGUGAAAAUCUUAUUAUUGACAUUUGCAAAGAAACUGAUGGGAUAUACAGAACAAUUAAUGAAGCAUUCGAUGAUACAAGAUUUAUUAAAAAGGCACAAUCUAGGCUUAUCGGAUGGUCAUGCGACUUAGAAUUACUUGAUAUAAAAAUACCAAUUAAAUCAUUCGUCAAGGUAACAAAGGAAGCAAGAUUUCCACUGUGGAAAUUGGUAACUAAUAAAACAUCGGAAAGUAAAACGAUAGAGGAAGAUGAGCCUGUACAAGUAGAACGUGUUAGAGAAUACUAUGGUAGACAUAGGGAUAUUCAUAAUGCGGAAAAUACAAUACGUGGUUAUAAUUAUGGUGGUCUUUUUAUACCAUUUUCAAAGGAAGAUGAAGAGACUAUGAUGUAUAAAAGCGGGCCUAAAAGCUUUAAAUUUAUAUGUUUUACAAAAAAAAAACGCGUCGAUAUGCAAUAUUGGAGCACCAGUACCAGUAAUCGUAUAAUCAUACCUGCUAAUAAGAGCAUAGCACAAAAAUUUUAUAGUUUAAUGGAAGCUAUGAAUAAGAAGGAUUUUGUUGCUAUUUUUAGAAAAGUAUAUCGGAUGAACUUAAAUCCAAAUGUAGUGGCACUGUUUCCACGCAUGAAUACUCCAGAUGAGCCCUGGUGUUUUGUAGAAAUCAUCCUACCAUAUGCAGAAAAUACAAGAGUUAUAGAAUCCAAACCUUUAACAUCUUUUGUCAAAAAGUUAUCGAAAGAACAAAAUGAUGUUGUGGAUAAUUUAUUGGAUGCUCUUAUACUGAAUGAUACAAGCGAUUCUUCCACGAAAAAGAAAGAAAAACCAUUUAUGCCUGGAUGCGUUCCAAGCCCCAUGAGACAACAUAAAUUUAAUAUGCUAUCAUAUCGUGCAUUAAAUCCAGAAAAGCCAUUGCCACCUAUCGAUAUUGAAUUAACAAAAUUGUUAGAACCUUGCCAAGAAAUAAAAGAAAGAUUGGUAGAUCCUAUCGAAAAAAUCAAAAAAUUGUUCGACUUGCCUGAUCAUACUACAAAGAAAAUACAAACAUUUAAAGAUCCUGAUAAUACACAAUCACAAGUACAGCCAUUGGAUACGCCAAAAAAUAAUAAUUCUGCUGUAGAUGAUGAUAGUUUUGAAGAAAUGAUUGCACCUUCAGAUGUAUUAGACGUAGAUAUGGAUCCAUUGAUAAAUAAUAUUUGAGAAGUAUAAUUUCUAUUAAUUGUACGCGUUCAUGUGCGCGAGCGUGUGUAUGUGUGAGUGCGUUCAAAACGAAAGAAUAAAAAAAUAAUACAGAGUUUUUAAAUGAUGAUAAAACAACCAUUAGGUUAUUGAAAACUGUUUAAAUAUUAAUCAGAACAUUGAUAAUUAAUAAAAUAUUUUUUUAAAAAA